AUGGGAAUGGAAGCUUCGUUUAUAUUCUUUCUUUUGGUCCUUCCCCUUGUAAUGGCUGAUCUAAGAGUUGGCUUUUAUCAAUCAACGUGUCCUCAAGCAGAAUCGAUAGUAAGUCAAGUGGUGAAAUAUCGAUUUAAUACUGAUCCAUCCCUACCUGCAGCCUUGCUUCGCAUGCAUUUUCAUGAUUGCUUCGUUACAGGUUGUGAUGCGUCGAUUCUUAUAGACUCAACCAAGCAGAAAGAAUCCGAGAAAGAUGCACAACCGAACCACACAGUUCGAGGGUACGAGCUAAUCGACGCGAUCAAGGAAGCCGUAGAGGCUGCCUGCCCUUCGAUGGUCUCCUGUGCAGACAUCAUAACACUUGCAACUAGAGAUGCUGUGGCUCUCGCAGGAGGCCCCAACUACACUGUGCCUACAGGAAGACGAGACGGGCUAGUUUCCAACAUUGAGCACGUGAAACUGCCAGGGCCAACAUUUACAGUAUCUGAAGCAUUCCAGGUUUUCAAAGCCAAAGGGCUAAACUUUGCUGAUAUGGUGACCCUUUUAGGUGCACACACAGUGGGAGUUGCUCAUUGCAGUUUCUUUGAGGAUAGGGUUUCAAAUUUCCAAGGCACUGGGAGUCCUGAUCCUACAAUGGAUAGUAAUUUAGCUGCUAAUCUCAGCAAGAUUUGUGGUGCUUCUAACACUGACCCAGCUGUGUUUUUGGAUCAAAGCACAGGCUUUGUGUUUGAUAAUGAAUACUACAAGCAUCUGCUUUUGAAGAGAGGAAUAUUGCAGAUUGAUCAAGAACUCGCCAUUGAUAGAACUAGUAUCGGAAUAGUUUCGAGUUUUGCCACGAAUGGGAUUGGAUUUAAGCAGAGUUUUGCAAAUGCAAUGGUGAAACUUGGAAGUACUCAGGUUAUUGUUGGAAAUGCUGGAGAAGUUAGGACCAAUUGUAGAGUUUUCAAUGUCCAAAAGUAA